UUCGAGUUUCGACGUCGCGGUAUUUAUUUAUUUUUACUACGCCCACGCAUACCUUGGUGCCAUCAAUUUCCCCAAAAAUAAACUAUUGUUUUUACGAGGUUUUUCAUCUUUUACAGCUUUCUGUUUUUAUUUUUUUUUAAGCUCAAAACUUUUUUUUUACGACCGCGCAAAAGACAAUAAUUUCGAAACCGUAUGCAGGUCGACCGUCGGCCGACAACACUCCCGCGCAAACGGUUGCACAUCAAAAUCAUUCUUUCCCAGAUCCAUUAGUGCACGAAUCCACUGGGUGUGCUUAAUUACAGUCUUCUUUGAAAAAUUUGUCGUGCACGGAUUAAUAAUCAACACAAAAGUCUUUUAUGUUUAAAAUUAUCAAUACACUGGGAAACUAAAAGGAAAAAAUAAAAGCUGCAAGCUGUGUAUCACUGAUAAACAAGAAUUGAAUCAAAAAUGUACGGGCUUUUAUUGGAAAACCUCUCGGAAUAUAUAAAAAAAAUGUACGGCGAAGACAGAUGGGAGGAGAUUCGACGAAUGGCUAAUGUUGAUCAACCUAGUUUUAGCGUACACCAAGUAUAUUGUGAAACACUUAUUCCACGACUAGCAAAAAAAUCCCAAGAAGUACUUGGAAUUACGGAGAAAGAAUUUUUUGAACAGAUGGGAGUUCAUUUUGUCAGUUUUGUUGGUCAAUAUGGCUAUGAUCGAGUACUAUCGGUAUUGGGGCGACAUAUGCGAGACUUUCUAAAUGGUUUGGAUAAUUUACAUGAAUAUCUAAAGUUUUCAUAUCCAAGAAUGCAGGCGCCUUCAUUCAUUUGUGAAAACGAAUCUAAACAAGGAUUGACAUUGCAUUACCGUAGUAAACGCCGCGGAUUCGUGUACUACACUAUGGGCCAAAUAAAAGAAGUGGCUAGGCAUUUUUAUCACAAGGAAAUGCGCAUUGAACUAGUUCGUGAAGAGAUUUUAAUGGAUACAGUGCACGUGACGUUUCAAUUGAAAUUUGAUAAUAGAGCGUUCACAUUAGCAUCGAUGACAAUGACAAGGGAAGAAAAACAUCUUCCAAUAAGUGCAUCAGUGCUGUUCGAAAUAUUUCCGUUUUGCAUUGUGUUCAGCUCCAAUAUGAUUGUUCAAAGCAUUGGCAAUUCAUUGAUGGUCAUUUUACCAGAUCUAGUUGGGAAACGGAUUACUAAUUGGUUUGACCUUGUUAGACCCUUAAUAGCUUUUAAAUUCCAAACAAUUUUGAAUCGAACGAACAAUAUUUUUGAGCUAGUUACUGUUCAACCAGUGCUUUCUAAUCGACCAACAGACAGACACGUCAUUUUAAGUGAUGAAUCUUAUUUUUCACCAGAAGAAAACAAACUUCGAUUAAAAGGACAAAUGAUUUAUAUGGACAAUUGGCAAAUGAUGAUGUACUUGGGUACGCCCGUGAUGCCUGAUCUCAAUGCAUUAGUUACUACCGGCCUAUACAUAAACGAUCUCUCCAUGCAUGAUUUCAGCAGGGACCUAAUGUUGGCAGGGACACAACAGUCGGUUGAAUUAAAACUGGCACUAGACCAAGAGCAGUUAAAGUCAAAAAAACUGGAAGAGUCGAUGCGGAAACUAGAUGAAGAAAUGAAGCGUACUGAUGAGUUACUAUAUCAGAUGAUACCCAAACAAGUGGCUGAUCGACUAAGGUCGGGUGAAAAUCCCAUAGACACAUGCCAAAUGUUUGACAGCGUAUCUAUAUUAUUUUCGGACAUUGUCACCUUUACCGAAAUAUGCAGCAGAAUCACCCCGAUGGAAGUGGUUUCAAUGCUUAACGCCAUGUAUUCUAUAUUCGACACACUAACAGAACGGAAUAAAGUUUAUAAGGUGGAAACUAUUGGUGAUGCAUAUAUGGUUGUUUCGGGUGCACCAAUGACUGAAGACAAUCACGCAGAAAAAGUGUGUGAUAUGGCAUUGGAUAUGGUUGAUGCUAUUACAGAUCUAAAAGAUCCAUCAACGGGGUCUCAUUUGCAAAUCCGUGUUGGCGUACAUUCUGGAGCAGUGGUAGCUGGUAUUGUUGGUUUGAAGAUGCCAAGGUACUGUUUAUUCGGUGACUCGGUCAAUACUGCAUCUCGAAUGGAAUCCACAAGCGAAGCCAUGAAAAUUCAUAUAUCACAAACCACCAGAGAUCUUAUUUCAGCAUCGUACAUGGUUAAAGAGCGUGGUGCUAUGAAAACGUAUUGGUUGGAACACCGGGAAAGCCGACCUCCAUUAAGUCGGGUGCUACCACUGGCUAAUUCAGAUUUACCAGAAUUGGAGUGGGAGCGUAGUGCCGAUGCAGUAUUUGACAUUGUGGAACGCAACACGGACAUGAACAUGCAGUUGGCCGAAGACAGGAUUAGAACAUAUUCACCGGUAACAUUUCAAGAAGUGGCUAGACACUCGAUAUCACGUUCACCAGUUAGAGAAUAUUAUCGAGAGUCCAGAUCGAAUUCAAUAAGUUGUACGCCUAUCGUAUCUCAGAAAGAGCUGCAACGUUUGACAUGUCUGAACAGGAGUUCGUCGCCACUAUCACGAUUUGCGAGGAAAACCGAACAAUUACCAAAGCCGGAUUCUACUUCCACUACAGUUUCUGUAGUUGCCGUUCAGAGACACAGAUUUAUAAGAAACCCGGUAAGUGGUCGUAACGGCACACAGACCGCUCCAUCAUCACCAGAGACACACAAGGAAGAGGACAUCUUAGUCGAUUCGUCACAACUACUUCCAGUAGUAAUUCCAGAGCCAUCCGUAAAGCCGGCGCUUUCACCUACAUCGCCACAACCACCACUACCACCACCACCACCACCACCACCUCCGCCGACAAUUAAGUCCAAUCCCGUGCUAGUGCACGUGGCCGAUUACGUUUCAUCUGAUUGUGUAGACAGCAUCGAUUCGGAUGAUCAGCGAUCACUGCGAACCCGAGAAAUCGACCUAGGGGGAUCGGAUGCCGAAGGGUCUAUCGAUCACCCGCACCCUUUCCCGGAGUCUUCCGACGACGAUUUACCUCCAGACGAUGAUGACGAUAAUGAUGAUUUGGACCUAUCUUCGGCAGAUCCGACCACUCUACCACCCCGAUCAUCACCGUCGUCAGCAUCGCUGACCGAUGCCCGAAUAGUGACCACGUCCAAGUCGGACGGGCAAAUAUACAGUCGGAGACGGCGUUGUGACGAACUCGAUGACGACGCGAGCACGUCUAGCCUGAACCAAAAGACUCAGUGCUGCAUGCGAUUCAAAGCGCACCCGAAGUCGUCCAGGAAGCGAUCACAGUCUCAUUCUUGCAAGUUGAUCUAAUCGUAUAACGCAUCCAAAGUCACUCGCAUAUAUGAUAUACAUAUAUAUAUAUAUGUACAUUAUAUUCAUAUCAGCCGCUCUUAUAUUACCACAGGCUAUUGUCCAAGUGUUAUAAAAUUAUAUUAAACAGGAAGUAUUCUGUAUAUAUAUAUACACAUUUUUUUAUUCAAAAUAUAGAAUAGACUUAUUGUGGUAAUCAACAAACGAGUCAGUUGAAAUAAAAUCAUCAUAGUAGUUGUGUAAUAGUUUCAUACCCAAAAACACUGCCCAAUGUAGCCGAAAUUAUGUUGCAUUUAAUUCAUAUUAUAAACGUUUUAAAUUAUACGUGCUUAAAUUUAUAGUAACAAUGUUUUGGGUUGUUUAUAAAAAUCCGUUGAUUAUUAUCACCAAUAGCCCAAACCAUAUGAAUCGAUAAAAAAGAAAGCCAAUAUAAUUUAAUAUUAUUUUAUACAAAUAUCAUUUCACAAAUCAUCCUCCUCUUAAUUUUACUGUUUGCUACUAAAAUGCAAUUGUUUAUACAUAGUAUAUACAUUUAAAAAAGUGUGUUAUAAACCAUGUAGGUAUGUGUUUACGUUUUCCAUAAAUUAUCAAUUAAUUCAUACUCUUUUGAAUAAUUAUUAAAAUAAUCAGAAAAGUAUACGACAUGAGUUUUUGAGAGUUUUUGCAUAUUUUAGAGCUUCUAGUUUAUUCGUGUGAAGCCUUAUAUAAAACCGUUGUUAUUUUAGAUAGCAUGUCAUAAUCAUAUGUAUCACAUGUCAUAUUCAAAAGGCGGGUUUUUUUGUGUUUAUGAGUGAUACAAGUUAAAUGUUUAUGUAAUACAUUAUUACAUGUUUACAAUCAACUUAAGGUUAUUAGUAGAUUUUAUUUGCACGAGAAUAGCAUUAUAUUUCAAUAAUUUAUUUUAAUCUAAAACACAAAUAAGAAAAAAAAAAAACAAAUAAAACCAUGUAUUGAAUUGUAAUUUUUUUUUACUUAUAAUUGCUCUUAGCCGAUCAUGUAUACGUUUAGCAUAUUAUUAUCUUCUUAUAUAAUAAGACAAUAGAUUUAGUUCCUAAUUAUUAUUUCAAUGUCUUUGAAAUUAUGUGUAGUACUUCUUUACUUCUUCUAUACCUUAUUGAAAUUUACGUUUUUCCGUAAUAAAUUGACUGACCUCUAACAUUUUUAACAACCCCACAUGGGACGAAUAUAUAGUUAAAAUGAGAAACAUUGCAAAAAUAAUGUAAUCAGAACUGAGUCUACUUUCGAUCUCUCCCAAUAGACCAUCUUCACAUUUUUUAAAUUAAUUGUAUCAUAAAAUAUGUAC